AUGGGUGGUUCCGUGCCAGACCAACCGAACCAUUCCUCAUCUUCCCAAACCAUGAAGGGGUUGCGUGCUAGAGCUCCUGAACCAUUUUUCCCCUUUACGAAGCCAUCAGCGGUUCCCACCCAACCUCCAGAACCAUUAAUUUCUAAACGAAGGCCUGAAGGGUUUCGCCCAAUACCUCCCGAACCAUCGAGAAUGAGCACUCACCGCGGCCGGCCAAGUCGAUAUAGUGCUGAUAUAUGGUCUUGUUAUGGCGUUAUAUGUUGGGCGGAAUACGUGAAUGAAAUAGUGCAGGUCGCCAGUGGUCUGUUAGUGAUGGAGAAGCGCGAUCAAGCGGACGAGAGAAACUGUACACGAGGCCAACAACCACCUAAAACUCAUCUCUUUCUCUUUUCAUACUCAACCCGAAACUUCACAAUCAUUAACUUGUAA